CCCCCGGCGCCUCCACUAUCUGGGGCAGGACGCGGCGGCCGUGGCGCCGGACCUCGGGACCUGCGGGCUGCAGGACUGCCGUCCGCUGGCCUCUUCUCUCCCACCGUCCUCUCCCGCGGGUUCCCGGUACCAGGCCCCCAGGCUCCGACAGCGGAGAAGCCCCCGCGGCGAGCACUGAAACAAAACCCAAGAAUGCCUCAUUCCACAAACAAAGAACUGAUACUUGGCAUCAUGGUGGGAACUACUGGAAUCAGCUUGCUUCUUCUGUGGUACCAUAAGGUUCGUAAUCCAAGGACAGCAAUGAAUUUACCUAAAUUUCUUUCUCUGGGUAAUGCAUUGGAUCCAGUGACUUUGCAAGAUGAAAUGCAUAAUGGCCAAGGAACAGCAGCAAUCUUUCAAGGAAGGCAACUUCAGAUAUUGGAGAAGUUAGACGAGUUACUGAUAAAUAUGGAAGAACUCAAAGAGGAAAUCAAAAUUCUUAAAGAAACCAUCCCAAAGCUGGAGGAAUAUGUACAUGGUGAACUUCGAAGGAAGACAACUGCUCAUAGGAUUAGUCCUCAGCACAGAGCUAGGAAAAGAAGGCUUGCCACAGCUCAGAGUUCAGGAGCAAGUAAUAGUUCAGAGGAAGCGGAAAGUGAAGGAGGGUAUGUUACAGCUAAUACUGACACAGAAGAACAGAGUUUCCCAGUCCUCCAAGCACUUAACACACACACUGAGGAAUUAAAGUUGGAUGUCCUUCUGCAGAAGGCAGAUCACUUACGUAUGAAUGAGUCCAGCAAAAUGGAGAGUUUUGAACUACUUUGGGACCACAAAGAAAAGUUUAGAGAUGAAAUAGAAUUUAUUUGGCGGUUUGCUCGUGCUUAUGGAGACAUGUAUGAGCUCUCUACAAAUAUGCAAGAAAAGAAACAUUACGCUAAUAUUGGAAAGACAUUAGGUGAAAAAGCUAUAACUAGAGCACCCAUGAAUGGACACUGUCAUCUGUGGUAUGCGAUUUUGUGUGGCUAUGUAUCUGAGUUCGAGGGUUUACGAAACAAAAUCAACUGUGGACAUCGCUUCAAGGAACAUCUAGAUAAAGCAAUCCAAUUAUUACCCGAAGAACCCUUUUUGUAUUACCUCAAGGGAAGAUACUGUUACACUGUCUCCAAACUGAGCUGGAUUGAGAAAAAAAUGGCUGCUACUCUAUUUGGAGAAAUACCAUCCUCAACUGUACAAGAAGCUUUACAAAAUUUCCGAAAGGUUGAAGAUCUGAACCCUGGUUUUUCUAAGUGCAAUUACCUGUUCCUUGCCAAGUGUUCUGUGGAUCUUAAGAAAAGAGAGGAUGCCAUGAAGUUCUGUAACAUGGCGAUGCUGCUUCCCUGUGUCACCAGAGAGGAUAAAGAUGCAGAGGAUGAGGUGAAAAAAAUAAGCACUACCUUGAAGAGGUAAAUGAAAGAACAUACUCGUCAACAAAUCAGAUGUGGCUACUAAAUUUUAAACUCAUUAAAGCUGUGAUUUUUAUUAUCCUUUUCUUGCUGUAUUGGGUAAUGUGCUCAGUUUUGAAGGUAAAACCCUAUUUCUGCAGAGUGCGUUCACUUAGCACACCACAAAACUAAUCAUGCACUUUGGAGGAGUCUUUUUCCUGUAAUGUCAGUACAAAAUGUUCUUUAAACGUGUAUGCUUUAUAUUUUUCCUAUCGAUAAACUACCAUACUCUUCAGAAUAUUUCUUUAAAUAAAAUACUUAAAUCAA